AUGAUAUCAGUGGACAAUGCUACUAGUAAUGAUGUGGCAAUUAGGGUGUUGAAGCAAAAUUUUACAAUAACAAGGCAGUUGAGUUGUGGGGGUAAAAUGUUUCAUGUCAGAUGUUGUGCACACAUCUUAAACCUGAUGGUGCAAGAUGGGCUUUGGCAGAUUAGGAGAAUCAUCAACAAGAUCCAUGAAAGUGUGGUAUACAUCAAUGGUUCGGAGGGUAGGCUGAAGGUUUUUGUAGAGAUUGUGCAACAAUUGCGUUUGCCAUGUCAAAAACUUAUCCUUGAUUGUAAAACAAGGUGGAAUUCAACCUAUGACAUGUUGGAAACUGCAAUUAAGUUUAAAGAAGUGUUUCCAAGAUACAAAGAAAGGGAUGAGGGUUACGAACAUUGUCCAGAAAAGAAGAUUGGGUACAAAAUGAGGGUGAUUGAGUUUUCUUUCCCUAAGACGUAUUCUGACGUUGAGGCACGGGCAAAUGCUACAUCUGUUUGGGAUGCUUUGUAUGAGGUAUAUGGGGAAUAUGCUAAUGAUUGUCAGUCAUCUAGUGCAGUCCACAGAGGUACAAGUGAAAGGGUUGGACUUGGAGUAAUUACCAAGGGGUUUACAAGAGGAGGAGUUGAUAAUUGGGAAUUUGAUGAUUUUCUGGAUGAGGUUGAAACUAUUGAGCCAAAUAAAUCUCAGUUGGAUAUUUAUCUAAGCGAGGCAUGUUAUAAGUGUCAGGGUGAUUUGGAAAAUUUCGAUGCUUUGGAUUGGUGGAAGGCGAAUGCUUUAAAGUACCCUAUCUUAUCUAGGAUGGCUCGUGAUAUACUAGUUAUUCCCAUCACUACAGUGGCUUUAGAGGCUACUUUCAAUGUUGGUAGUAGAGUCAUUGACACGUAUCGAUCUUCAUUGUCUCCUGAAAUAGUGGAAAUAUUGUUAUGUGGAGCCGAUUGGUGUCGCAUUUUAAAUAGAGUGAAAAAAGGAAUCACAGUACAUUUUUAA